AUUAAUGUACUGUAAUAGCAACAUCAUCGAUUUGUCACAAAUUUUCUUUUGGAAAUGAUUAUUGCUUACACACAUAAAGUGUGUCCUACUUUUUACUAAACUCAUAAACUGACCUUUAAUACUCAACAUUCAGUCUUUGUAGCAUUCUUAAUUUCUAAUUAUUCUUUAAUUGUUUCUUAUUUCUACCUAGUAUUUCAUUGUUGGCAUACGUGUUUUAUUAAUUAUUCAAAAAUAUAUGGUCUAUGUUACCUUUUAGUACUGAAACUGUGAAGCAGCAACUUCAAAAUUUAUUCCAGGAAAUAUCAUCAUGAUUGGCCUCUUUUUAUCUCUGCUAAGCUGGAUCGGACUCAGCCCGGUACCAUUAGCAGCCUACCUGAUUGGCACAACAGAGCCAGCAUUAAAACUUUUAAUUUCUAUCCUACUAGGAUACCCUUUAGGUAUUAUAUAUAACAAAUAUGUGAGAGAGUACAAAGAAUACAGAAAUAUUUACUUUAUUGUGACUGGUCUGGACAUUGCCUUAUACAAUUUUGGUUUAUCUUUCUACCACAAUGUGCUACCAGCUGUUGUUAUAUAUUUGAGUACAAAAUUGUUAGGACCUGGUAAACACAAUGCAAUUAUAACAUUUAUUUUCAAUAUGACAUAUCUAUUGGUUGGAUAUGUAUUAACAGAAUCAGAAGAUUAUGAUAUAACUUGGACAAUGCCUCAUUGUGUUCUGACCUUAAAAUUAAUAGCACUCUCUUUUGAUCUUUGGGAUGGAAAAAAAAUGCUAAAGGGAGAGAAACUAUCGGAAACUAACAAAAAAACAGCUCUGGAAUCGACACCUCAGUUUCCGGAAUUAAUUGGGUUCCUUUAUUUCCCUGCAUGUUUCCUCGUGGGCCCAAUAUUUUCAUUUAGACGAUACCUCGACUUUAUAUCUGACAAAUUUCCUAUUGAGAAAGAAGCCCAUUCUUUGGAAGAUCAAGCUAUGAAGAGACUUGUGCAGGGUUUAAGCUAUUUAGUGGCUUUUCAAGUUGGAAUAUCAGUGUUUAGUAUGAAAUAUAUGCUCUCUGAUGAGUUUUGGGAGACAUCAAUAAUAUAUCGUCACUUUUACAGUGGCUUAUGGGCACAUUUUGCUCUAUAUAAAUACAUAGCAUGCUGGCUACUGACCGAAGCCUCUUGUAUCCGUUUUGGAUUAUCAUAUAACGGGAAAAAGAAAACAGAGAUGGGAGAAGUGUCACAAUGGGAUGGUUGUAACAAUAUAAAACUUAUGAGAUUCGAAGGUGCAACUAAAUUUCAACAUUACAUAGACAGCUUCAAUUGCAACACAAAUCAUUUUGCAGCUGAGUACAUCUACAAGCGUCUCAAGUUUUUGGGUAAUAGAAAUCUCAGUCAAUUUUUCACUCUAUUUUUCCUGGCUGUCUGGCAUGGUACUCGUUCAGGUUACUAUGUGACAUUUUUCAAUGAGUUUAUUAUAAUAUAUAUGGAAAAAGAAUUGGAAAGCAUAAUAACUAAAACUGAAAUUUACAAUAAACUCUGGGCCUCUAAUGCUAAAUACUUGCUGUAUGGUUUACUUAAAACUUAUACUAUAGUUUUCAUGGGAUGGAGUUUGAUUCCAUUUGAUGUCAAAGUAUUUUCAAAGUGGUGGCGAGUAUAUGCCAGCUUAUAUUUCUCUGGUUUUAUGCUCUUCUUGCCUUGGGCAUUAAUUUAUAAGCCUGCUGUAAUUAAAAUAGUUAAAAUGAUAUCACCACCAUCAAAAGAAAACUAAAAAAU